AUCUUCAUUCUUUAAUCAUGAAUUAAAUUGAAAAAGACAAGCCCGAAGGUGUAGCGAAGCGAAAUGAAUCGAGGAAUUUUGCUAAUGAGUACAUUGUUGUCGCUCUCUGUUUUCUCUUUCGAUAUCUACGAUUUCAUCUCAGCUGAUCCGCACUCCAAAUUCUCUCGUUUAUCAUUACUCAAACACCACCCAUUUCAAUCAGAAAAUUGUCGCCUGUUUAAAUCAUACGGCAGAAUACAGUUUGAAUAAUGCGGAACUAGCGCUCUUAUGACUCAUUCGGAAAUAGAUCAGAGAUUGAAUAAUCACACACAACGAUACGCUUAUCGUCAAAUUCAACUCUCCGUGUUCUUACAGGUUUCUGGUGAUACAAAAGUUUCCUGCAAUCAACGUUACUCUUUCACAUCACCCUCCAAAUCGGCCAAAAUAAAUUGCUACAAAACUCAUAUUAACAGCACAUGUUUUGAUCAUAACGAUGGUGUGAUGGCUGGUAAACAUAUUUUACUCGAGCUCGGAAGGCCAAUACCUUCUUGGUACUACAGUUUGACUGCACAACAAUUUUAUAUCGUUGCAAUCCCUUGGCUUCUGGGCUGCAUAACCAUAAACUACCUCCGGAGCACUGAGGACUUUCAACUUUUCUUCAAUGAUAAUUUGGUGUUCUGUAAAUAGCACGAGGGAAGGUUUCCCUGUCUGGGCGAGGUGAAAGAAAUCAUUUGUAGUCAACUUGCUGGUUGAAGAAGAGUACGGCUGUCAAUCCAGUAUGUCUUUCCAGAUUGAUGACUCUGGUAGAGAUGAAUAAUUCAUUUUCUCGGUGCAAGGGAACUAAUUUUCCUUUUCAGAUUCUGUAGGAUGGCAAAUUCUCUAUUAGUUGUAGAACUCAGUUUUUCCAUCAAACCUUAGAGAUGAUUCUUCACAAUCACUUCCAAGACUCUUUAGUUCCACUAUUCUUUUUCUUUCCCCUUUUUUUCUCUCUAACAAAGAGAAGUAGAACAGUGAACUAGACAGAGAAGUUGUUAGAAUUCGGGCAGCCAUAUGGAUUGAAAUAAUCGUCAAUGAAAUAACUUUAUUGAAAA